ACUGUAUUCACUCAACAAAAUGACGAUUAUUCAGGGUUUGUGCUUAAUCAUUGUACCAUGCAAGAUGCCCUUUUUCGAUAUUGACGAAAAGUAUAGCUGCUAAUAUCAUUUUCAUUUUUAAUGGCUUAAACGUCACUGCAAGAUGAAACGCUACAAAAAUUAGAUAACAAUAGAGUUUGUGAAAUGAAAAGAGAACUCUGUCCACCUAUAGACCCGUUAUAAUCGAUUCCAAGCAUUUGUUUCAAAAGGAAACAUGUCAUCAUCUCAGACACGUGGAUGUCCUCCAAUCGAGAUUUCUGAAAAAUCACGGCAAUGCAUAUCUUUUUCAAUAAUUCUUCUGAGUCUUCUGCUAUGCCAGGUGGGACUGGCGCUGCUGGCGCUGAGUUUCUACGUGAGACCGUACCUACAGCGUCACCAUUUGGUGACGGGUCAGAAGGUCAACUCAGACCUGUUCCCCUACGGGCUGAUCGCUGCCAGUGCAGCCACACUCAUAUCCAGUUGUCUGGCUGUUAUGUCCGGCGUGUCUGCCAGACAGCGCCGUAAGACAGGUCGCCGGGCAGCGGUCCAGUUCGGCUACUUCUACUUAUUUAUCGAAUUUGCGACCACUGCCUACCUACUUGCCAUCGGAAUCGUUUUCAUAUUGCAGUUGGACUCGUUUCAGGCGGCCUACCAGCGCGGCUUCUCGCGCGCCAUGUGGCGCUACAUGCAGAGCCAGCCGCUGAAGGAGUAUCUGGACGGCGUGCAGCAGGACUUUGGCUGCUGCGGUGCCCUCGGCUUCUCCGACUGGUUCGUUGUCGACUGGUACCCGCGCGACCUGUACAGCACUCGCUACAGGACAGCCGCCAAACAGCGCUCCAGUCUGGCCAAAAAGGCGUUCCUGGCAAAAGAUAAAUAUCCUGACUCAUCAUCCCUGAUUGAAUCGUUUUCCAUGGACUCUUAUGGAACGGAUGCCCACAUGGAAAAGGUGGCGAAGGCGAUGGACUAUGAGUUUGUGCAUGGCGAAUACACCUCGGCGCUGCUGCACAUGAAGACUGGGGUGCCGUUCGCAGAGGUACCGUUCAGCUGCUGUGACCCGUCGGCGCCCACCUGGUGCCACCAGAUGUACGCCACGUACCCCUGGUACAACUACGAGCCCACCAGGAGGCUCAGCAUUCACGCCGUCGGCUGCACCUACAAGGUGAAGGCGUUUCUAUCGGGGACGGUGACAUGGCUGGUCGCAAUCCUGUUCUGCACAAUGGCUUUAAAAGCAAUAGUUAUGAUACUCUACAGAUACGUCCAGACGUCGCUGCAAACGGCGCUGGACGCCGGGCGCCAUCUGUCGCCGGCCCUGGGAUAUUUAGUUCCUCUGCCGGCUCUGCCGGCCGCUGGUGGCGCUGUGGAUAGCGAGGAAAAGGAGCCACUUCUGGACAGCGAGGGUGACAGCGGCACAACCGAUGGGACUCUAGACGACGAAACAGCCGACCAAAUGGAUGAAGAGGACGAUGACACUGAAGCAUAGUCUCAGCGGCAGUCGAAGUCAUCCUCAGCUCAGAUGACUGCGUCAGCGGAACUGGCUUGGAGCUGCAUGGUGAACGCUAUGGACUGUAGGACAUCUCGGAGCGCAGCGAUCUGGUUACUUGAUCUUCGUCGAUGCUCUUCUGUAUCUCGUUUUCUUUUGACGGAAGCGAGUUCUUACUGCUAGGGACUCAGGUCAGAGUAUCGGGUGUUAAACGGCGUUGAUCUGUUGUUGGUGAUCCGUUGAUCUGGGUUGAUGUUCCAGACGUAUGGUGCGCGUUUGCUGUAAUGUAGUGAAACGUGUCGUUGUGUGAAUGAGCCGAAAGUGUUGUCUACUCGACCAAAGCGGCUUGUUGCUAGUGUAAUGAAGUAGAACGUACCUUUAGUUGCCUUAUUUGUGCAAAAGAUAAAAAAAAUGAUUAGGAUCGUCUUUCUCUUUUCAAGCAGGAGCGUUUUUCUCUUAUGAAUGGCUCGCACAAAAUAAAAAGUCCAAUGCGACAGUGUUUUACCUUUUAACCUGUAUUUAUAUUUUGUCAUCAGUAUUUGUAUAUAGGCUGUGACUCUGUCGCAUAAGGCCUCUAAUUUGAUAAUAAAAACGGUCUAAGUUUUUUUAAUGGUAAACCAAAAGCC